GUUGUAGAGAGAAUCAAUCCAAGAAGCUUUAGAUGGAGCUGUUCCCUGCACAGCCAGAUUUGUCUCUGCAAAUUAGCCCUCCAAACACCAAACCCACAUCGUCAGGUAGUUGGAGGAGAAGUGCUGCAGAAGAAGAAGAGGCGGCCGAGGUGGAUUUGGGGUUCUGGAAAAGAGCCUUAGACUCCAGAAACUCAUCCAUAUCCUCCGACACCUUCUCCGACCUCUCGCUAUCGAAUCCGACCCGCCUCUCUCAUGAUCAAUACUCCAACUCCAACAGAAUCAACCAUUUCCAUCACCAAAACCACUUCGGCCUCCAAAAUGGCCAUAAUGGUAACACUAACGGUCUCCUUUUCCAUGCCUUUCAGCAAAACCAGUUCCUAAACCCUCAACACCAACUUCAUCAUCACCAAAGGGUAUUCGAGCAACAGCAGCACCAGCAAGAACAGCAAGGAGGGUUCCUAGGCCCUGAGCUCGGAUUCCUUAGACCCAUAAGAGGAAUUCCAGUGUACCAAAACCCUCCUCCUCCAAAUCCUCAUCUUCAUCACCAUCAUCCUCCCCCUAAUUUGUUCCCAUUUUCUUCACAAAAUAUUAAGCCUAAUCUAAAUUUGGUCGACACUACCACUACUUCUCUAUCCUCAUCCAACAGUACAUUAACCUCACCCUCUAGUAACCCAUUUCUCCGGUCGAGGUUCUUGUCCCGUUUUCCGGCCAAACGUAGCAUGAGAGCCCCUCGGAUGCGCUGGACUACCACUCUACACGCUCGCUUCGUUCACGCCGUUGAGCUGUUGGGUGGCCAUGAAAGGGCUACGCCAAAGUCAGUUCUUGAGCUCAUGGAUGUGAAGGAUCUCACCUUGGCUCAUGUUAAAUCUCAUCUGCAGAUGUACCGGACGGUGAAAACUACCGAUAAAGCAGCGGCAACUUCAGGACAAUCUGAACUAUAUGAAAAUGCAUCAUCUGGGGAUACCACUGAAGAUAUAAUGUUCGACAAUAUUAGUCAGAACCCAACAAGAUCUUCUGAGCAGGGAAGACCGAAUAAUGCUCAAGAUAAGGAGUACUAUGGUGGCCUAUGGAGCAAUUCUUCAAGCAGAGAAGCUUGGUUGCAUGGAAAUAAACCAAAGGAUGAUUCUGCUGGAAAUAUGCCAUCUCUUCUUGAUCAUGAGAAGGACAUGAUGGAUCCCAAAGGCUUAAGAAACAGCUACGAGAGAAUAUCAGAUAUGAUCGAUUUGUGUCUCUGAAUGGGAGCUGG